AUGUGCUGUGGGACGAAGGUGUGCAUGAUGUGCUCAUGUGUGAUAUUGCUGGUGAUCUUGAUAGGGUUGUUUUUUGGUUUUGGAAUUUACAAGAAUGGGUUUCACAAGUUGAAGGAUGCGUUUCAUGUUUGUGAUUCUAGCGUCAGUGGUUCACUUUGUGGAACUGGAAGACCUUUCUUGGGUUUUGCAGCUCCUCCUACUCCUUUCUAG